AUGCCCAGACAGGCCCCUGUCAUCAGCGUGACCAGGGACGAGAUCGAGAGCUUCUGGCGGCGGAAGAGGAUGGAGGAGGAAGACCACCUUCUCGCCGCCCUCAAGGCCGCCGCCAGGAUCAGGGCCCGUAACCUCAAGGUAAUUCUCUCUCUCUCUCUCUCUCUCUCUCUCUCUCUCUCAACCCAGAUCACAGAUCACGAUAAUCCAAGAGCAAAACCUGCGAUUAUAAGCAGUACGAAGUAUCAAGCUGUUGGGAUGUGAUUGCUUUUUCGGUCUGAUGAUCUUCAGGAAGAAGACUACAAACUCUUCGAGGCGUCGCUCGAGGGGAUCCUCACCAGCGGCUGCGACAGCAAGAACUGCGCCGCCAACCAGGAAGCCCCGAAGAAGGGCAAGGAGCUUGGAGCGGUCAUCAGAGAUUGGUAAGCUCUCGUCCCCGAGCCCCAGAUUCUCGGUAGGCAAACCAGGGAGGCGAUCACGCCGCCGCCUCCCAAGAUGACGUCUUUCGUCAGCCUGCCCUUCGCGUUACCCUGUGUUCGUCAUCAAUCUUUAUCUUCUUCAAGCAAGCCCCCGUGGCGGAUAGAGAUGACCGUCGUCUUCCUCCUCUCUGCCCCUCUAAAUAUUCCGACAAUGACAACCUCCUACCCUUCUUCCUCGCAAUCACAGAGAAAGAGAAAGAGAAAGAGAUAGAGGGUUUUAUAUACAUGGAAUUCUCUUUGGGGAUGCGUAGGUGGACGAAGAGCAAAUACGCGUAUCUGAACCAGCCGGCGGUCCAGUCGAUGGAGGCGGAAGCGGCACGCCACCGGGCCACCACUUUCACCCCCAGCUCUUACUUCUGGGCCACCGGCGCCGUCCCCGCGCCGAGGCCCCCACCGGCUCUCGGAGUUUUCUAA